AUGGAUCAACAACCAUUACCAUUGCCACUAGGAGAACCUAGGCGGAAGAAACAAAGANUGGAUCAACAACCAUUACCAUUGCCACUAGGAGAACCUAGGCGGAAGAAACAAAGAACAAAUGACCAACCCCUACAUCCACAACCACAACCACAACCACAACCACAACACGCAACACGUCCAUCUGCACCUCAAUCCACUACAAAUACAACUAAUAAUGACAUUAUAGAGAUCCUCUCAGAUGAAGAAGAAGAACCAGAGAUUAUUCAACUAAGUGAAGAAGAAGACAACGCCGCUCCCAGUCAAGAAAUCCAAAUCACUGGAGUCAACACCGCAAAUCCAACACCAUUACGACUUCCCAGUCUAUUCAUAGACAACGAAGACGAAACCCUAGACGAUAACGACAACGACAAUGAUGACGAGAUUGAAAUUACGGAUAUAAGACAAGCUCCCAAUAAUAAUGGCCAUAGGUUUGUCGUCCUACAUACACCAUUUGGGGAUUUUCAAACCCAACGGCCAGUAUUACCUCCUAUUCAAUCUAGAAAUAGUCCUGCUACACGUGUAUUGCCACCGUUGCUGACAAAUACUAACACCUCACGACGUUCCAAUACUCCCCAGGCAAGACGAAGAAGAGGAGGUAAUAAUGCUACACCGCAGAGGAAUGGUCUACCUAUACCUAGAGGACUUAGUCCUUGGAUAAAUGCACAACGACAAGACGAGUUUAAUUUUGGACCCCAUACUGGAUUUCUUGAUUUUAUGCGAAAUAUUGCCAGGAUUGAAAAUAUGUAUUAUAAUGAAAAUAGUGAUGAGGAUUAUAUACCGAGACAAGGAGGGGAACAAGAACCAAUGAAUAUGGAUUCCGUAAUUGAUCAAUCUAUAUUACAACGAAUCGAAUAUGAAAAUGAACGAGAAUUAGAUGAGAGAUUAAGACGAGAAAAUAACUAUAAUAAAAAAGUCCUAAUGGAAAAACAGGAACUGAUCAAGAAGGAAUCCCCAGGACAUACUAAUACCAUCAAAUCUGAUGAGAGUUUAGUUUGUGAAUUGUGUAGUAUUGAAUUAGGAGAAGGGAUCCCCGGUGAUUUUAAGCCUGAUUUUAGAUAUGAUAAAAAUCUCAAGAAAUAUGGUGAACAAUAUCAAGUUCCUGCUCCUUGGUUUUGUAUAAAUCAGUUGUCGGAGGUGGAUAAGGAAUUAUCGAAACGGAUCUUUGUGGCGAAAUGUGGACAUUGUUUUUGUGGAAGAUGUGUCAAGAAUAUUGGAAAUAGACCAAAGAGAACUAAGAAGUUGGCGGGGUAUAGUAUACUGAAUCCGACUUUGUAUGCUCCUUCGAAAUGUCCGGCUGUUGAAUGUACUCAUAAAUUUCGGGCUACUAGUUUUACAGAAUUGUAUUUUUAG